CGGGCUCACGAGAAGUGCCUCCCGGCAGAGCUACGCGGGAUCGAUUCUGUAGAUGCGAACGAACCCUUGCCUCAGUCUGACGUGGAUUAUUUGGGUCUAUUUUAGCCACGAAAGGAUUUUUGGACUGAAACUAAUACGCAGAUUAGCACAUGUAGACAUUUUUCGUAUGUUGAUCAGGUAUAUAAAUAAAUAGAUAAUUGGAACACCCAAUAUUUAGUAAUCAUUAAACGCCCGUGCAGAGAGGGGGCAGCACGUUAAUCGAUAUCGAGGAGAGGUAAAGGUACUUUCAAGAGUUGAACAUCAACUAACCAAACCUGCCACUCGGAUUCCGCCUGAACUGUCUCAAGAAGAUUCAACCCAUCGCUGGAUUGGUUUUCAACUAGAGGUCUUUUUGUGGGAUGUUGAGUUCUGUCAAGAUGGAAUCGCAAGAAAUCCCAGAGUGGAGCUCCUAUUACACGGACCCGCCCGAGAUGUAUCCCUCAGUCAGCACCAUGAGCUCAGGACUUAGCUCUAUGAAUACCGUGAAUAGUUACAUCAACCUUAAUUCAGUAGGAUCAUCAGCAGCAAUGAAUAUGGCCUAUCCAACUAGCAGUCUGAAUAAUAGCCCCCUGACAGGGAUGAGUGGUGCUUCUAACAUGAGCCUGUCACCUAUCACAUCUUCCCUUAACCCCUCCACAUUGACUCAACUUGGAACCUCUGCAACAUCUCUAAAUUCACUGUCACCUUACCAGAACAUGCCUCAGUCGAUGAGCCCCCUAAGCUACCCAGCUUCAGGGAUGAACAGAGGUAAGGAGAUGAGCAAACCAUACCGACGAACCUUGACUCAUGCUAAGCCUCCUUACUCCUACAUAUCCCUAAUUACAAUGGCUAUUCAGCAGUCAACAAGCAAAAUGCUCACUCUCAAUGAAAUCUACCAAUGGAUUAUGGACCUUUUCCCAUAUUACAGAGAGAAUCAGCAGAGGUGGCAGAAUUCCAUUCGCCAUUCUUUGUCCUUCAAUGACUGCUUUGUGAAAGUAGCCAGGUCACCAGAUAAACCUGGCAAAGGCUCUUACUGGGCCCUGCAUCCAAACUCUGGAAAUAUGUUUGAAAAUGGGUGCUACCUGCGUCGUCAGAAGCGCUUCAAGAUUGAAGACAAGGCAAAUAAGAAGAACUCGACAUCCAAGGUCCAAGAGGUCAAUAAAGGGGGUCAACAAGAAGCCUUGCAGGACCAACACAGCCCCACCACUGGAUCGGAGGGAGCAGAGUCUGCCCAUUCUGACAGUCCACACCAUGGUUCUUCCCCAGAAGAACAACAAAGACGCCUGAUCCAACUGGAGUGUUCACCAUCACUGGUGCAAGGUGGCACUUCCAUUUCAUCCACCAUCUCACCAGCCACUUCUUCUUCGCACUCUAUCUCCCAAACAAUGGUCGGGAACCACCUACUGCAUAACUCUAUUCAGCAACUAGACAUUCAAAAUGACCAUCUCAAAUCACUGGACCCUCACUAUAAUUUCAACCAUCCCUUCUCCAUUACUAACCUAAUGUCUUCUGAGCAAAAAAUGGACAUCAAGUCUUAUCAGGAGCAGCUGAUGGCCUACAAUGGCUACUCAUCCUCCUCAUCAGUAGGAAAUAAGCACAACUAUGAUAGCUCCAGCACCUCUGCCCUUGAUACUGCAUCAUACUACCAAACCUUGUAUGGACGGUCAGUCCUCAAUGCUUCAUAAUAGGUAACCCCAAGGGGUGGUAAUCUCCCCUGGCUGGACUUAUCAUUGUGGUUGGACAGAAAUAGAUUUAGCCAGCUAUUUCAGCCAAACAGCUGGUUUGUGGUUGACCAGACUAAGAUGGUGCCUUUGCCUCUUGGCAGUUAGUAGGUUGGACUGAUGUGUAGACUUCUUUCUGAAUUUGAUUUUUUUAAUGAUAGUCAUGCUCUGGACAAACCUCCUUUAUCGAAGAGCAAAUCUAACAACCACUUUGGUAACAAUGAAAUCGGCAACAGAAGUUUGUCCUGUCCUUGACUGAUGGUUUUGCUUGUAUGAGUAAAAAUCUGAAGAACUUCUCAGGAUCUCUUUUGAGAAAGUUAUGGCUGGACACAGAAAAAAAAAAAAAAAACCUUUGCUUGUUGAAUGACGCCUGUGUUGCUGGACUUCAUAGGGCAAAUGUGUUAUGGAGGAAGGGAAGAAAAUAUUUUUAUAAUUAAACAGAAGAAAUAUUAAAGAAAGAAGUUUACUCAGGCCUUUUGUGUAUGAAUUGUAUAUAUUAUCAAGGUGCCUUAUUUAUAAUGAAUUCUUAAUAUAUCAUUUAAUAAAGUGUGUCAGCAGCAGCAGGCCAGACAAAUACUGGCCAGGGGAAGCAAACACACAGCCCCUCUUCUCAGGGCAGCACAGACGUCCCAUGCUUUCACUGAAACUGAAACCUGUCUUUCUACUUCGCUUUGAGUGUGUUCACCAAAGCUGGGAUAACUUGAAUGUGGAGAAAGCGCAGAUAAUUCAAUUAUAACAGAUAAAAAGGUGUGAAGCUGGUGCAGCCACUUUGGUGCCUUUUGAAUUCCAAGGUCAGGAAAGUUUAUUUAAAUACUGUAUUUUGCUUUUAAAAUGCAAGACAGAGUGUGCUAAUAUAUCUUUACCAGUAUAUUCCUGUAUCAUUUCACUUUCUUGGUUUUUGCUUAUUAAAAUAAACCAUGAAAAUUU